AUGAAUUAUUAUUCAAUACGAACUUAUGAGGAAAAAUCCUUGUUUCUUGACCUUUUUGAGGAGCAAAACGUGUUCUUGUCAGUUAGUGGUCCUAGAUUGUUUCCGUUAAAGAAUAGAAGAAAGUUUUCUCUGAUAGCUUGGCCUUCCUUGGAGGAGUUAUCACAAACACCUUCUAGUGGGAACAUUGAGGUUGAAGAAGAGUCGCUUAGUCAAGAUCAAGGGUUAGAAGAAUCUAAUGAAGACUUUGCUAAGCAUUGGGGUGAUUCAAGUGAUGAAGAUUCAAGUGAUGUCAAAGAGAUUGAUGCAAGUUAUUCGUCGACUUUUGUGUGGUUUGAUUUGAAGAUUUCUAAAAGUUUUGAAUUCAAUAUGUGUACAAGAGUUUUGAAGCGGGUGACAUUGGAGUUCUUAAAUGAGGUUGUCAACAAGCAAUUGGUGAACUUUAGUGAUAAGGUGGUUUGUGUGGAACAAGAGCUUCAUAACCUUAAGCAAGAGCAUGAAGGCUUGAGGGGGAGCACCUUCAAGGAGAUCGAGUCUAUGCAACAGGAUUUGAUCCAACGUUUUAUUGAUGCAAAUUAUCGUGUGGAUACAAUGAAGGAUUCUGCGUGUAUUGAUAAGUUGAAGAUUGAAAUUUCGACUUUCUAUGGUGGGAUUUGUGAAGGGUUGGAAUCUUGGGUUGAAUCUACUGAGAAUUUGUUUGAAUUGCUAAAUGUGACUAGGGAUAGUGUUAAGAUCUCUAUUGCUAUCCAAGGUUUGCGACAUAUAGCUAAGAAUUGGAGUGUACUAUACUUGCGUAAUCUAGAUGGAAGUGAGCAUAAUGGGCAUGAUUUUAGAGAAGCAAUAUACAAUAGGUUUUGGAGUAUCGACAUUGGUUAUGAAAUCCAAUAUGAUUUGUAUGAACUUGUUCAAGGUGACAUGGAUGUUGAGUCUUAUAUUGCUAAAUUUAAGAAGUUGUGCUUCAAUGGUGGUAGUGAUGACUUGAAUGAAGUCUAUCGAUGGGGUAGUAGCAUCAAUUGUAUAAGUGAGGAGUUUGUUAGAGUUAAUCACUUAGAGGUGAAUGACUUAAGUGAACCUUACAAAUUAUGUUGGUUGCAUGGUGGAAUGGAAUUGAGCGUUACUCAAAGUGCUAAGGUGGAUCUUCGCAUUGGGGAUCUUGUUACUAGUGAGUUGCUUGAUAUAGUACCUAUGACUGCGUUGGUGGAGUUGAGAUCAUUAUCACCUUGGGAGAGUGAGCAUAUCAUGUUUAAGAAACGUGAGCUUUCUAAAGCGUUGUGCAAAGUGAAGGAUGUACAACAAAAUAAAAAGGAAGGUACAUUCGAGGAGGGUGAAUCGAGUGGUGGUAAGUUUGCUGUGAGAACUUGGCCUUCUUUGGAGGAGUUAUCAAUAACACCUUCUAGUGGGAACAUUGAGAUUGAAGAAGAGUUGCUUAGUCAAGAUCAAGGGUUGGAAGAAUCUAAUGAAGACUUUGGUUACCAUUGGAGUGAUUCAAGUGAUGAAGAUUCAAGUGAUGUCAAAGAGAUUGAUGCAAGUGAGUUUGUUCCAAAUAGCAAGCGUCUCGAAGAAAUUUAA